AUGCCUCAUAGAGACUUCUUGGCUAGCACAUUGCCUCGUAGUCUCAGCCUCCGGAGUUUAGAUAGAAGAAGAACUCUGCAGGCGUUGGAGUCUCUCUGUAGCGAGACAGACACGAUUUCAUACCGCGAUAGCCUCAGCCCUCUGGGCCAGGCCUGUCUCUGUGGGAGGUCCAUCGAAGAGUUCAAGGAUCACCGAAAAUGGUUACAUCUCUACCGUUGCUACUCGAGGCAUUACAAAUCCACCCACGGAUUUGCGCAAAUAUGCUUUGAAUGCGACUUAUGGUUUACCAAUGAAUCAGAAUGGGAGCAUCAUUGCCAGGAGCAUCUUGAUAAUCCAGGCGAUUUGCUCCGUUGCGAUCCUAUGAUCUUUCGGAACGCACCUAUAAAGCCAGGGCUAUGUCCGUUUUGCCUGGGUGCCAAGACAAAGAAACCGUCAAAGAGAAUGUCUCAAUUCGUCCUCUCACCGCCAAAGUGGCACUCCCAUAUUGAAGAUCAUUUGAAAGAACUCAAAUUUGAUUUCGACUGCAAGCAUCCAGCCUGCUCCACAACCUUUAGAAGCCUAGAGGAGCUUACCUACCAUCUCGUUGACACGCAUUGUUGGCACCCUAGGCGGCAAUCGCCCAAGAAACGAAAGUGGGCAGACAUUAAAUUUUGA